AUGAAUCGAACUAUAUUUUAUGUAUCGAUAUUUUUAAUAUUGACAUUUAAUCAAAUAAAAUGUCAAACUCAAUUAAAUUCUAAUCGAGAUUCAACGAAUAAUGCUGAUAAAUUAUUAGAAAUUUCUGAACAAGGACAUGAAAAUAUUGGGGACAGAAAUACAAGAGGAAUUGGUGGAUUUGGUGGUCUUGGUGCUGGUGGUGGAUUAUAUGGUGCAGGUUUUGGUGGUGGAGUAUACGGUGGUGGAUUAAAAUAUCGUCAAAAAAUUGUUAUUAAAAAACGUGGUUUUGUUGGUGGUGCUGGCGGUUUUAAAGGAGGAUUUGCUGGUGGAGUAGGAGGAUUUGGUGGCGGUGGUUUAGGCCUGGGUGGUGGAUUAGGUCAUGGUGGAUUAGGAUAUGGUGGAUUAGGACAUGGUGGAUUAGGAUAUGGUGGAUUAGGACAUGGUGGAUUUUUCCGAUAA